UAUAAAAUACUUCUUCCAUUCAAGCACAUUUUAACAUUGGGGGUUAGUUUGCUUCUCAAAAAAAUCUUAGGACAGGCAUUCACAGAGCCACUUAUGGCUCCCCAUGUUGUUGUAAUCCCAUUUCCAGCUCAGGGACAAAUAAAUCCCCUGAUAAGACUCUCUCAGAAGCUUGCUUCUCAAGGCAUUACUAUAACCUUCGUAAAUACAGACUUCAAUCACUUCAAAAUCAUCAAAGCUCGCAACGCGCAUCCUGGAACUCUAGAGAGCCCAUGUUUAAAUAUUCGUUUUGUUCAAGUUUCAGAUGGCUUGCCGCUUGAUUUCAACCGAAUGGCCAUGCCAGUGGAAGCCUUCAAUGCACUCAUGACAACCAUGAGAGCUUCUGCAGAAGAUCUUCUUUACAAACUCUUAACACAGAGCUGUGAACCUCCAGUUUCGUGUAUAAUUGGCAGCUCAUUUCUUAUAUGGUCCUUUGAUGUUGCUAAGAAAUUUGAGCUUCCAUUUAUAGCCUUCUGGUCACAGGCAGUGAGCGUUCAAGUCAUCUACAGACAUUUGUCAAUGAUUAUUGACAAUGGAGACUUUCCUCCCAAAGGCAUGAUAGACUACAUUCCAGGUCUUCCCCUAAUGCACCCCCAAGAUUUCCCAUCAGAUAUUCAAUCAGGAGACCCAUCAAACCCUAUGCAUCAGGUUGUUUUGCAACAGCUCCCUGCUCUGGAGGAAGCCGCCUGGAUUAUUAGCAACACAGUCUAUGAACUAGAAAGCCAAGCAAACGAUGUCAUUAAAGAAAAAUCUCCUCUUUUUGGCCCGAUUGGUCCGUUAAUGCCCUCAACUUACUUCGAAGGCGAAGGUAAACAACAGGAUUUCUUCAUAGAAAAUUCCAGAUCAUUAAGCCUGCAGGCAGAAUCUAAUUGCUUACCAUGGCUGGAUUCAAAACCCAAAAGCUCUGUUUUGUAUGUUUCGUUUGGAAGCUUUGCUCAAAUAUCUAGAGUUCAAGCGCAAGAGAUAGCAAGAGGACUGAUGGAAAGCGAGCAGGUAUUCUCCAGCCUGCAUUACCAAGAUAUGUUUUUGUAA